AUGGAAAUUUCAAAAGCAAUAUCAUUGUUUUUUGAACAGACGGAGUAUAAAAAUUGGAAUCGACUUGGAUGUCUAGAAUAUUUGGAAACAUUGAAAAUAGAAUUGAAAGAUAUGAUAGAUAACUUUCGUGAUGAGCUUCAUUUUAAAAAGGAAGAUUUGGCUAAAAUCUUUGUUAUGGGAAUCCAAGCAACUGUACCAACUAACAUUGCAUCAAUAAAGCAUACGUUGCUAAUGCUUAACAAAAAAAUCACAAGCACAGCAAUAGCUCGUCACUCUACACCUUCUCCACCUUCAUCACCUCCACAUCAGACCUCUAAUACUCCAAAGGUUAAUCAAUUCUUGACAAAAUUUAUUAGUGAUUACAAAAAAAAUUAA